CGCUUGUAGCUGCAGCAAGUGCGGGCGAGCGACUGCUCACGCAAGGCAGCUUGCCUGCGAAAGAGCUUUUUCUGUUUUGUUGUUACAAAGACUCUGACAUUGGUGUCUUCCGCGGCGGCCUCUUUUUAAGACAGAAAUAGCUGUUUUUAUAGAGGCUACAGGUAUCCAUCGCUAGGACUGCUGUAGGCUUUGAACGCCUAGCAAGGGACAUGCCUCGGGGACGAAAGAGUCGGCGCCGCCGUAACGCAAGGGCUGCGGAAGAGAACCGCAACAAUCGCAAGAUUCAGGCUUCAGAGGCCUCUGAGACCCCGAUGGCGGCCUCUGUGAUCCCGAGCACCCCAGAAGACGACCUAAGCGGCCCAGAAGAAGACCCGAGCACCCCAGAGGAGGCCUCCACCACCCCUGAGGAAGCCUCCAGCACUGCCCUAACACAAAAGCCCUCCGUAGCCCGGAGCAAUUUUCAGGGCACCAAGAAAAGUCUCCUGAUGUCCAUAUUAGCCCUCAUCUUCAUCAUGGGCAACAGCGCGAAGGAGGCCCUGGUCUGGAAAGUGCUGGGGAAGUUAGGGAUGCAGCCUGGGCGGCAGCACAGCAUCUUUGGAGAUCCGAAGAAGGUCGUUACAGAAGAGUUUGUGCGCAGAGGGUACCUGAUUUAUAAGCCAGUACCCCGCAGCAAUCCGGUGGAGUAUGAGUUCUUCUGGGGCCCCCGAGCACAUGUGGAAUCCAGCAAGCUGAAAGUCAUGCAUUUUGUGGCGAGGGUUCGUAACCGAUGCUCCAAGGACUGGCCAUGUAACUAUGACUGGGAUUCAGAGGAUGAUGCAGAGGUAGAGGCUAUCCUCAAUUCAGGUGCUAGGGGUUACUCCACCCCCUAGGGAAAUCUGAGACCCCCCCCCCUAGAGAAAAGAGUCCAAGGUACCCCUAAGGAGUAGGUGGCUUGGGUGGGUCUUGAGUUGAAA